UGUCGGUGCGCCGGGUCAAGGGUCAGCCACAAGAUGGCGGCGGCAGUGACAUUCUGCCGGCUGCUGGGCCGCACCGGCCCGGCGGCGCUGAGCCUGCCCCGGGGCGCCCGGUGCUUUGGGGUGCGCACGUCGCCGACCGGGGAGAAGACUACGCACACCGGCCAGGUCUACGACGAUGCGGACUACAGGAAGGUCCGGUUCGUGGGUCGCCAGAAAGAGGUGAAUGAAAACUUUGCCAUUGACCUGAUCGCUGAGCAGCCCGUGAGCGAAGUUGGAAAUUGUGUGAUCGCGUGUGACGGCGGCGGGGGGGCUCUUGGCCACCCGAAAGUGUACAUAAACCUGGACAAGGACACGAAGACGGGGAGGUGAAAGCAGAGGCUUUAACCCACUGAGCCACCCAGGCGCCCCAUGGGAGGUUGUUUAAUGGAAAUCAUUUAAUGGAAAGAGCUCUCUUGUUUCUAUGGUGUCUUUGCAGGCUGCCUAAGCACCACCGACCUCCCUCCUCUUGCAGCUCCGCCCCAGCUCUGACACUUUCACUGCCCGCUCCUUCAACCACGCCCCCGGCUUCUGGACCGAAGUUCGGACCAAUACAGUUGCACCCCACGGGUCACAGGACCAGAGAGGCCAGCCAAUGGGAGACCAACUGUAACCGCAAAGAGGAGAUGUCUUUUAGUGGCAUCUUUGGGCCAAUAAGGAGCAAUGAUUCCGCGCCCACUGUGGGCGCGUAACAGAGGACGCGGGGCUUCCUGAAACACGUGACCAGCCCGCUGAAGCCGCCUAGCCCCACCUCCUGGUCUGGAGGUAACGCGAUGGCCACGCUUCCAAUGGCUCGCAGAACCUCUCGUCACGUGCAGUUUUUGCAGGCCCAGCGGCCUCCGGGAGGUCAUGUGACAGUUGACGUUGCCGCGGCGCUCCCCAAUGGGAAAAAAAGAGCUGCCUUGGCAGGACCAAGAAUUGAUUUGUGGCCACGAAUAACAGCACGGCCGGGGCGGGGAUAGCCUAUCACGUGCUUGCGGGACGGAAUCGGGCGGGGUGGGCCACUGGUUGCGGGGCGAGCUGGGCGCGAGGCGCGCAGGCGCCCUGGGGACCCGGUAGCGGCGGCGGCGGUGGCUGCGGAGACGGCAGCGGCGGAGAGAGCCGGAUCCUUGGCCGAAGCAGGAGGCGGUGGCGGCGGCGGCCAUGGCGGCAGACGGAGAGCGAUCCCCGCUGCUCUCCGAGCCCAUCGACGGUGGCGCCGGCGGCAACGGA